AUGCAUCUUGAUACGAAUAUGGGUGAACAAUUACCAUUAUAUACAUGUAAAGCACAUAUAUUUCAAGUUGAUCCUGAUACACGAAAAACUUGGUUACCAUUAUCAAAUGGUGCUGUAAAUGUACAAAUAUUUCAUGAUUCAGUAAAAAAUGUUUAUCGUAUUAUAUCUGUUGAUGGAUCAAAAGUCCUUAUUAAUACAAUAGUUACAGCUCGAAUGAGUUUUACAAAAACAUCACAAAAAUUUUGUCAAUGGGUUGAUUCACGAGCAAAUCAUGUUUAUGGUUUAGGUUUUGCUAAUGAAACUGAAUUAACGCGAUUUAUGGAUAAAUUUAUUGAAGUUAAAGAAGCGACACGUCAAGCACUUAAACAAAGUGAACAUCGAAGUAGUAGUGUCGAUGCUCGACAAACACCUCGAUCCGAAGCAGAUUGGUCAAUUCAAUCUACUGGAUUAGACCCAUCAGCACAAAAUCAACUUAAACAAGAAAAUGCUCAUCUUAAAAUUGCACUUGCUCAAAGUUCAAAUAAUGCUAAAAAAUGGCAAGAAGAAUUAGAAAUAUUACGUAAUAAUAAUGCAAAAUUAACUACAGCAUUACAAGAAAGUCAUGCAAAUGUUGAAGAAUGGAAACGACAAUUACAAUUUUAUCGUGAUGAAUGUACUCGUCUUCGACAAAUGGUUUCAACUCACCAUCCAUCAAGUGAUGGACAAAUUUGUGAAACACAAGAAUUAAAAAGUCUACUUGAUAAUGCUGAUCAACGUAAUCAAGAGCAAGAACAAAAAAUUCUUCAACUUGAAAAUCAAAUUCAACGUUAUAUUACUCAAAUAAAUACGUUAGAAGAUCGUUUAGCUUCAAGUGAAGAAGAUAAUCAAGGACUUCGUAAUGAAAUAGCAAAAAUUCAAAGACGUUCACCACAAGGUACAUAUGUACCUGGUACUGGAACAUUACCACGUACAACAAAUCGAAACGUUCAACAAUUAGUUCGUCUUCGUGAUUUAUUUGAAACGAAAACUAAUGAUUUUAACCAAACGCUUAUUGCUAAAUCUCAAGAUUUACAGCGAAUAUGUUCACAAAUAACUCAAACAAUAACAGAAUUUUAA